CGGCCCGCGGGCAUGGAGGGGCGGCUGCGCUUCCUCUGCGGUGUGGUGGAAGGUUUCUAUGGGAGACCAUGGUCUAUGGAACAGAGGAAACUUCUCUUUCAAUGGCUGAGACGCUGGGGGCUCAACUGCUACAUGUACGCACCCAAGGACGAGCUGAAGCACCGGCUGCUCUGGCGAGAACCCUACACGGAGCAUGAGGCAGCCCAGCUGCAGUCGCUCAUCAAAGCCGCCCAAGAGCAUGGUGUGGAGUUUAUUUUUGCCAUUUCUGCGGGCCAAGAUAUGGUGUUUUCAAGUGGUGGGGAUCGGCUCCUGCUGCAGCAAAAACUCAGGCAGGUGGCCGCGGCUGGGUGCUGCUCCUUUGCGCUGCUCUUCGAUGACAUCGAUCCCCGCAUGUGCGGAGCAGACAGAGACAUCUUCCCCUCCCUGGCGCAGGCCCAGGCCUCCGUGGCCAAUGAGAUGUACCGGGAGCUGGGCCAGCCCUCAGUCUUCCUCUUCUGCCCCACAGAGUACUGCAGCUCUCUGUGCUCACCCAGCCCCAGCCAGUCUUGCUACCUACUGACCCUGGGCCGGGAGCUGCUCCCAGGGAUCGGCGUCAUCUGGACCGGCCCAAAGGUGGUGUCACAGGAACUCUCAGCCACAUUGCUGGAGGAAGUGGAGGGCAUCCUACAGCGUCGCCCCAUCAUCUGGGACAACCUGUAUGCCAAUGACUAUGACUGCAGGCGCGUCUUCCUGGGCCCCUACACGGGACGCGCCCCUGGUCUGGUGGCCAGGCUCCGUGGACUGCUCCUCAACCCAAACUGUGAGCUCCAGGCCAACUUCAUCCCCAUCCACACACUGGGCAGCUGGUUUCGGAGUGAGCUGGGGAGCUGCACCCACCCUGAGCAUGCAGGAAAGAAAGCUGUGGCAGCCAUAGGGGACCACCUGUGCCCAGAAGAGGGGAGCUACAACCCCCAGGAGGCCUUGGAGCUGGCACUGCAGGACUGGGUGGCUGAGAUAAACCAGCAGACCUUGGAGCCAACGGGGGAAAGCGAGUCCCUGGGACACCUGGAGACACUCUACAGCCCUACAGCACUGCUCGGCCAUGGACCCUGGACCAGUCCUGGCCCCACAGCACCACUUCUGAAUGGGGCUGGGACCAGCCCUGGCCCCAUGGUACCUCUCAGUGAUGGGGCUGGGACUGGCCCUGGGCCCACAACACCUCUCAGCGAUGAGGCUGGGACCAGCCCUGGCCCCAUGGCAGCUCUCAGCAAUGAGACUGGGACCAGCCCUGGCCCCACGGCACCGCUCAGUGAUGGGGCUGGGACCAGCCCGGGCCCCACGGCAACUCUCAGCAAUGGGGCUGGGAUCAGCCCUAGACCCAUUUCACCUCUCAGUGACAGGGCUGGGACCAGCCCUGGUCCUGCGGUACCUCUCAGCAAUGGGACUGGGACCAGCCCUGGCCCCAUGGCACUGCUCAGCAAUGGGGCUGGGACCAACCCUGAUCCCAUGGCACCUCUCAGCAAUGGGACUGGGACCCAGCGCAGUCCCACAGCCCCGUUGAUGCUGGAGGAGGCCCAGAUGCUGGUGGAGCUCUUCUACCUCCCCUAUGAGCAUGGCCCCCAGGCACGAUGUCUCUUGGAGCAUUUACAGUGGCUCCAGGCUAACCACCCUUGCAUGGGCAGCCCGGCCACAGCACCCAAUGCACGACUGGGCGAGCAGUGGCGGGGCCGUGCCCGGACCUUCCAGCUGCUCUGCGCCGAGACGUGCCGCCUGCACAGCCGCUUCGUCAGCUGCGCCGGGCGCUCACUGCUCUACGACCUCCACCCCUACCUCUGGGACAUCCGCAACGUGCUGCUGGCCGCCAGCGCCUUCGUCCAGUGGCUGGACUGCCAUCUCCUCCGCGAUCCCGACGCCGCCAGCCCCUGGGGAUGCUGCUUCGGCUGGUGCCAGAGCAUCGCUGCCCCACUCUCGCCGCAGGGGGAUGCCGAGCCCUGGGCACGCCGCGGGGGCCUCUUUGGGGAGCUGCAGGCCCUGCUGCCUGUGGGGAACAGCUGUGACCUUUUCCACCACCCGCCUCCGCUCUUCCCGGCCGGCCGGCUGUACCUGCUGCGCCCGCUGCUGCCCACGGACCAGGGAGAGCUUUACCGAAUGUGCCGAGAGAGUUUGGACUGUGACCCUUGUGUGGCAGAGGUGCUCUCAGCAUAUCCAGACCUCCUUGGUGACAGGCUGCUGGGCAGCUUCCUGAGCCUGAGCCCCGAGUACACAUUCGUGCUGGAGGAUGAGGAUGGCCUGUGUGGCUACGCGGCCGGCGCGCUCUGUGCCGAAGGCUUCCUGCAACAGCGGGAUGGCAGUUGGCUGCCAGCCAUGCGGCACAAGUACCCCCAGGAGCUGGGCACAGGUAGCCCCAUGCUGGGAGAGGAUGUCCUGCAGGAAGCCCUGCUCUUCUUCCACGCUGAGGCGCUGCCCGUGCCACUGCCCAUACUGCGGCGCUUCUCCUCGCUGGUGCAGCUGGGCACGGCCCCGCGCGUGCUGGAUACAGGGGCCAGCCGCAGCCUGGCCCUCUGCCUGCUGAGUGCGCUCAGAGCCCACGGGUCACAGGGGGUGUUUUGCCAGGUCAGUGCUGCUGACCGUCAGCAGCUGAGCUUCUACAGCAAGCUGGGCUUCAUUGCCCUGCCAGUGGCCUGGGGCAGCUUCCCUGGUGCUCGCCUCCUUGGACGGCUCCUCUGAGCAUGAGCACUGGAUGCAGGCACGGGGUGGCAAUGCCGUGGGGCCCCAGACCCCGUGCAGCAUUGGCUGCACAGCUCGAGGGAGCAGGAGCAGCAAGGCAUCGCACAAGGCAGCUGUGCUGACCAGAACCCUACCUGAUGAGAAGGGGACGCCCGUGCUGCAAUUCCUCCGUGACCGAUGGAGCGUUGAGAGAUCUGAGCUUGUAAGGCAGCAGCCUUGUUAGGAACCUGAAGUGCUUGUAGCAUAAUAUGAAGUGCCUGGCUGCAGUGAAUUAGGCUGAGAGAUUGCAAUCUAUGCAUGAGUAGUAAGUACUUAUUAUUUGUGGUCAUGCUACAUCUUGCUCUUCAUAGUCCCCCUUACGUUAGUGAACAUCCGAAAGUCCUUGGGUGCAACACCUGCAGGCUGGGCUGUCCCGGCUCUCUCCGUCUGGGCCGGGCAGCCUGCGUGUGCCUGGGCUGUCUCGCCCUGGAGCUGGCACCUGACACAGUGAGGCAGCCUCUGGCUCUCCACUGCCCAAGGGCUGAGAGAAGUGCUGCCCUUGGCAA